GAGAGAGGCAGAGAGAGAGAGAGAGAGAGAGAGGUCCAGAACGCGUUGGAGCUGCAGUGAAGAAAGAAGACUUUCUGCCGCUGCCACAUUCUCACUUCACACUUUACACAGAGCCACAAACCCGCGUGAAUACUUUUGGUUGAAGAAAAGUUUGUGAAGCGGACAUGGCCGGGAUAACGAGUGGACGCGCGUCGCUGCUGUGCACCUUGCUCUGGACACUGUUAGUGUGCUGUGCGGCUGUGAGUGUGAAGGUUACGCCUAAAGUGGAGGUUUUAAAGGGAGACACGGCCAAACUGCCCUGCACGUAUUCUGGCACGCCACCGUCCGGCAACGAUAUCGUGGAAUGGUACAUUGAGGAGCAGGGAACCAGGAAGCGUGUGGCUUUCCGACCCCAGGGUGGCGCUGGAAAGAGUGACGAAUUCACCCCUCUGAGCGGCCGGGUCACUAUCGAAGAGGACUUCACCUUGACCAUCACGUCCACUCAGCCCUCGGAUGAGCUCGUGUUCUACUGCCAGGUCAACGCUGGCCCUGCCGGGGUGGCAGACGCUUCCACCAUGCUCAAAGUCUUCUUCGCUCCUGAGAAGCCAGAACUCACCAAACCAUCAAGUCAGGCCAUUUCUGUGGGAGAGACCACCAGCUCUGAGAUUGGCACCUGUGUGGCGAAGAACGGACAUCCUCAGCCAAGAAUUAUCUGGUUCAAAGACGGUCAACCUCUCGCUGAACAUAAGGACAGGAAAGAAAAGACCUUCAUGGUCCCCUCAGUGGUGAAAGAGGCCUCAGGUCUCUCCACUGCCAAGAGCACCCUGUACAUGCAGCCCAACAAGGCCGACAAGGACUCUGUGUUCCACUGCGUGGUGGAGUACAGCAUGCCAGGAGACCAGAUCAAGCAGAAGAAGUCUGACACCAUCACCAUCAACCUCAACUAUCCGUCUGAGAAAGCAACCUUUACGCUCGUCAACAAGGACCAAGUCAAGGAAGGCGACGCCGUCACCAUGAAGUGUGAGACGGAUGGAAACCCCCAGCCGGAGUUUGACUUCAGUAAAGAUGGGAAGCCCAUCACUGGUCAGGGCGGUCUCCUCAUGCUGAAGUCCGUCAAGCGCUCCGACGAAGGCGUAUAUACGUGCACGGCCAUAGAUUACGAUAACUUGGAAGCCGAGCUGAGCGGAACCAUCGCCCUCAAAGUCCACUACCUGGACCCAGUGAGCGUUACACCUGCUGAACCCCAAGUCGUGAUGCUCGGCGACAAGGUGGAAUGGCAGUGUAAGACCAAGGCCUCUGCUCCACACACUGUUCAGUGGAAAAAGGGCUCUGAGGUUCUCUCCCAGGACGGCACUCUGUCAAUACAAGCUGUUUCCUUCGAUAAAGCUGGAGAGUACAUGUGUGUUGGAGCCGUGCCAUCUGUGGCAGGACUGACAGCUGAGACUCGCGUCAACCUUACUGUCAAAGGAAAGCCAAUGAUUAUGACUCCCGCUGCUGGUGAGGUGGGGAAGGAAGGAGACACGGUGUCACUGAAGUGCUCGGCUUACGGCUACCCCGCCCCCCAGUUCACCUGGAAACCCUCAGGAAAAGAGUCUGUAUCAGUGGAAGGUAACAAGGUGGUGAGCACCGUGACCCUGCAAGCCACAGCCGACAUCAUGAAGGGCGGGGUGACCUGCGAGGUCACCAACGAGCAUGGAACUGAUAGCAAGAACUUCCCAGUAUCUCUUAAACGAGCAAUUGGCAACUCAGCUGACAGAGUGCUGCUUUCUGGAAUCCCUGUGCUUAAGUCAGCUGAGAAGCAGCAGGGAGGCUCCAGCGGUGUGGUGAUAGCUGUGGUGGUGUGUGUUCUGCUGCUGCUGCUGCUGGUGGCCCUGCUCUACUUCCUCAACAAGAAGAACAAGCUGCCCUGCAGCAAGAAGGACAAGAAGGAAGUAUCCAGCGGGGACGUGAACAACGACAUUGUCGUGGAGAUGAAGACAGACAAGGGCAAUGAAGAGGCGGGUCUCCUGAACAAGAGAGCGGCCACAGAACAGUGAUGAACUGAGCUGAGGAAAUCAACCGACAGAGGGAGGAAAGGAGAAAGGACGG